ACUGUUAUAGUGACCACGCCACCAGCAGCAAACUUAAUAACAGUUUUUCCUUUGUGGAUUGGAGCCUCUACAGGUCUGCGUAUAGUAACAACUGCACCCUAAAAUGGAAGGGGACCGCAUCUUAUCUAUAUGUUGAAGCUAAUCAUUUCAUCUUAUGGCAUGGAGGAGGAUUUGUUGGAUCUCAAUUACAACAUGACAAUUGGCCCCUACAAAAUACACAAUGGAAAUUAGCUGCUGCACUUGCACCUAUAAAAUGAUGCGGAAUGAAGAGUCUUAAAAGGACUCAGGCCCUACAGACGGCAUACACUUUUCAAGAUUUAUUAAGAAAACAAAAAGGGGGAAAUGCGGGAAGUCAUCCAUUGUCAACAUUAUCAUGAGAGUGAUCAAGGAACUUGGAAGGCUGAUGAACCUUGAGCUUUAGCAGGGCUAAAAGCUAUGCACCGAUUGUUCUGUGUUGAGAUAAUGAUGGCUCGAAGCAAUUUCCUGACCUAAUAACCUCAACGUAAAUCUUUACUGAUCUUUUACUUACUUUUGAGAUAGUCUGUCUGCUACCUGUUUGCCGUGCCUAAAUGAGGGCAAGAUGUGUAUCUAAAAUUGAAUAGAAGCUGACAGGUCCAGGGUUUCAGAGAGCUUCUCCACUAGAGGGAAGUUUCCACCUGGCCCCCAUGCCUUCUAAAUUCAUAUUUCUUGUCUAGUGUUUUCAUUUGUGCGUGGCCCCUUCUUCAGAUCCUGAACCCUAGCCAUAAAUGGAUGCGGCAAUUCUCCCAACGUGUACAUGAGACUGUAACCGAACUGUUUGCUGCCUAAAUAUCUGUAACAUCUGCUUCAUUCAUCUCUGCCCCAUUUGUGCAGGGAAGGGAUCCCUGAGCUUCAGGCUCUGUGGAGUUUAUGUCACCUGCACACUGGGGACCAUGUGAGGAAGCCCCCCGACCCAGAACCUCCCUGCCCUUCUUGACCUCAGUGAGCUCUGGGGAAGGGAGGAGGGGUGGGCUAACAACUCAGUAACCAUCACUAUGCUGACAGGAUGGUGAAAGGACAGGGGAAAGUGUGCAUUUGUGGAGUCUCAGGAAAGAGAAGGGCAUUCCCAAGGUCACACAGACUCAGGUACGAGGCCGGAGCUGGUGUUUCUUUCUGCUCUGCCCUGCACCCUGCACCCUCGUGUACUGGGACCAGGGUCACCCUCUGGAUUGGAGUUGGACAGGAGGUGGAGGCAGAGUGUGGGGGUCUGCUGAGACUCAGAUCUGGUCCUGAAGGUCCCGGGGACCUGCUGUGUCCUCAGCCAUCCUUCAGGGAGAGCAGAGUGAGGCUGAUGAGGAAACAGGACCUGUCACCCGGAGCCGGGACCCAGUCACACCCGUGCAUCUGCUUGUCCUGCUGGGCUCUGUGGACUUCAUCCAUCAUCAGUACCAUGGGGACCAUGGCAGACAGCACCACCACCUUGACCUUCAUUGUCCUCCUGGGCCUUGGGGUCGUCCCCAAACCCUCCAUCUGGGCUGACCCAGGCCCCAUCGUCACCCGGGGGAGCCCUGUGGCCAUCUGGUGUCAGGGGUCUCUGCAGGCUGAAGCCUAUGUUCUGUAUAAAGAGAGGGGCUCUAGCCCCUUGGACACGAGGAUCCCACAGGACUCCAGCAAUAAGGCCAGUUUCCUCAAUGAAGCCAUGACCCCAUCCCACGCAGGACUGUACCAGUGCAAAUAUUACACCCCUGGGAACAUAGUCUCAGAGCGGAGUGACCCCCUGCUCCUGGUGGUGACAGGAGUGUACCCUGCACCCUCCCUCUCAGCCCGGCCAAGCCCUGUGGUGGCCUCAGGAGGGAACGUGUCCCUCUCCUGCAGCUCACAGACAUCUGGCACUUUCCAUCUGCUGACGGAGGGAGGGGCUGACCCGCCCCAACACAUGGAAGCAGAACCCAGGACCUAUGAUGGGAGGUGGCAGGCCAUCUUCCCUCUGGGCCCCGUGAGCCCCUCCCAUGGGGGGACCUACAGAUGCUAUGGUUCUCCCAGCUCCAACCCCAACGUGUGGUCACAGCCCAGUGACCCUCUGCACAUUGAGGUCACAGGUGUGCACAGGGAGCCCGCCCUCUCGGCCCAGCCAGGCUCGCUGGUGCUGCCUGGACACAGCCUGACCCUCCGGUGCCACGCGGAGGCCGGCUUUGACACAUUCGCUCUGACCAAGGACGAGGGGCUCACACCCCCUCAGCGCCUUGAGGGGCAGCACAGCCCCGACUUCCCCCUGGGCCACGUGAACCGCACCCACGGGGGCCGGUACAGAUGCUACAGUGGACACAACCUCUCCUCUGCAUGGUCGGCCCCCAGCGCCCCCCUGGACAUCCUGGUGGCAGGAAUGUACAGGAAACCCUCCCUCUCAGCCCAGCCGGGACCCUCAGUGGCCAGGGGAGCGACCGUGACCCUGCAGUGUGGGUCUGAGAUCUGGUUGGACACCUUCCACCUGCACAGGGAGGGGUCACUGGACCCUCUCCAGCACCUUCGUCUACAGAACACGUCUGCACCCUCUCCGGCCAACUUCACCCUCAGUCCUGUGACCUCAGGCCACCAGGGGACCUACAGGUGCUAUGGCUCACGCAGCACCUCCCGCUACCUGCUGUCACACCCCAGUGACCCCCUGGAGCUGAUGGUCUCAGGUCUCAAAUGGAACCUGAUCAUCCUGUUUGGGGUCUCGGUGGCCCUUGUCCUGCUGCUCUCCCUCCUUCUCUUCCUCUUCCUCCGAUUCCGGCAUCGGAGCAAAGGCAGUACAUCGGAUGCUGCCAUGAAGGACCCACAGCCUGGGGAGAGCGUGGAGCUGGAUCCUCGGCAGAACGGGCAGGAUGAAGACCCCCAGGGAGUGACGUACGCCCAGGUGAACCACUCAAGACCAAGACCCAGGCAGGGAAUGGCCACCUCUCCUUCCUCCCUGUCGGAGGAAUUGCUGGACACAAAGGGCAGACAAGCAGAAGAGGACAGACAGAUGGACAGUCCGGUGAGCCCCAUUCUCUGCAGACCUCCAGGUUUCCCCAACCCCAACCAAGUGUCAUCCCUCUCUCUCCCCCUGCUCCAGGCUGCACCUGACGCCCCCCAGGAUGUGACCUACGCCCAGCUGAACCUCUUGGCCCUUAGACGGCAGACACAGGAGCCCCCAGAAGAGCCCAGCUUGUACGCUGCUCUAGCCAUCCACUAGUCCAGGAAGGACCCAGACCCCACACUCCAAGGAGGGGGCCUGCAGGAACCCCAGAAGGCAAAGGUACUUCCCCCAGGGACACUCAGCUAGUGCCUCCAGCCAGCCUGGAGACCAGACGUGCUCCCCGGCAGCUCCCGGGACCCUCUUGGGAGUCACCUGGUUCUAUAAGCAAUAUGCCUACAUUUUGGAAUCAAAGCAAGACUUCUCAAUAAUCAAUGUGUGAAUUUAGAACAAAAACAGAAGAGAAUGCUUUAAAUGAAUGAUGGGCAGCAGCUGCCACGGGCAGCCCUACAGCAGCUCUCCUUCCCCCGCCCCCCCUUCCACACCUCUAGCCUCACUGACCAACCUGCAGGCCUCCAGGAGCCGUGGAACCCCUACAAGGCUGUGGCUGACCAGGUGUGUGGCCUGCUGCUAUGGUCCUCUUCCUUCAAUCCUUUGCAUGGGGCCUACUGACAACUCCAAUGUUAACUACAAGUGCAGAUUUCAAGGUGGAGGUGGAGUAUGUGGAAGCUACUGCAUUCACCUCCUCCCAGGACCAAACUGGAAUUACAACUAAAUGAAAGAUCUGCGGAGGAGUCACAGAGCCAAGGAUUUACAGAAGAAGCCACAUCGGGACUGGCAGGAAGGGCAGGCACGGGAAAAGGGCCGCCCCGCUCACAGGCAGCAGCUUCCUAUUUUCAUUGGAAGUAGAUUAAAUUCAGACAUUUGUUAUGAAGAACAACUUCUGGUUUACAUAAAGUCUUCUUAUGACCCACAUUUUCAAAUGAGCUUUAUGAUGUUCUUUGGAAACGGACCCUGUCUGGGGGUGGGAGCAUCUCAGGAGUAAAAACGUGAGGAGGAUCAAUGCCCUUUAUUAACUUCUGAUAGGUUAAGUGAACACCCAAGGCAAACAUAUCCUUUGAAAGCUUCCCACAGCGUCACGUUAAACCCUUAGGUAGGCUAGUCAGGUAGAAGCUAACCCUGUCUUCCGAUCCAGACACAAACUCAUGCAUGUCCUUAUCAGUUUCCAGGAAGAUGGCAUCCUCUUUAGCUUUUUCUGCAGGGGAUACAACCCACGUUUUCCUCUUAGAAGAUGGCACAAGGCUGGAGGCCAGGACAUGGGCACAGGUGCUUUCUCCAAUGUGCCCUUUACCAAGCACAUGGCACCUGCAGGCUCAUCUCCGUGAGCAUCGCACCACGGCCAACACCACUCAGCUCCCAAGGGCUUCCAAGGGCAGCCACAGGCAGCUUCGAGGUGCGUGAUGCUGGUUUCCCUUUAUCACCAGACAGAAAUCUGUGAAUGUUCCCCCACGUCCCGCCUGGUUCAGGGUUCAGGAUCUGGAAGAGGGGCCGCACACAAAUGAAAGAGACGAGACAAGAGAUAAUUUGGAAAUUGGGGGGCCAGGCAAGAGCCCAUCCCAAGAGGAUGGACUCCGCUUGUGCUCAGGCCUUGCCACCCUUGUAUUGAGUUUGGGAUCCUCCCAUAGCCCUUAGGCAGGCAUGUUCCAGUAACAGGCAGACUAUCUUAUCAGUAAGGAUUUGGUGGGGAAGUUGCUUCAGCUACCAUCGUCUUGACUAAACAGUGGGUGCAUAGCCCUGACCUUUGCCAGGGCUUCAAGGGUCACCAGCCUUCCAGUCUCCUUGUCCACACCUCUCUGCUAGAGAAGACAGUAGGCGGCUUCCCACAGAAAUCCAUGUCUGGGGCUUAAAAUGAUCAAAAAUGGCACCGUGUUUGGCCUUGUCUUGAGACUUUACAGCCCAUGGGACCCAGCAGAGGUCCCGCUGUCCAGCAAGGCACUAUGGGUGUGGUGAAGUGUUGGUGGAGGAACAGCCAGGUUCAAGCUCCUCAG